UAUUAUUACCAAUUUAGCUUAAAAUAUUUAAGUAUUGUCUGCCUAAUAAAACAUAAUCUCCGUCUUGAAAAAAGAAGCAGGAAGAUGUUUCUAUUUGUCUAAAUAUUGGCCAAUCAGGUUUGAGCAGUGGGGAUUGUAUGUAUCAUUGAUCAGGUAAAUUGUUCAUCUCCUUAUUCUAAUCUCCAUAAUUCAUUAUUUCAACACAGCGUAUCCCUUUUCGCCAGCCAGCGAUGAAAAAUUAAUUUCAUGAAACUUCAUCUAAAACUCACAAAACAAAAAUAUCCUCAGCUUCAAUUACUUUCUUAAAAUAACUAUCAAAAUAAGUCUUUUUAAGCAAAAAUUUUUGUUGCAAAAGUUUGCUCAUUGAUUUUUGAAAAGACAAAACCGUUAGCUCACAGUCUUGCAAGUGAGUGCAUUAAUAAAAAAUACACAAACAACAAAAUAGUUUUGAAUGUUUUUCCCAACAAACUCGAUUUCCUUGGUCGGAGCUUCGCAGCAAAUCAAUCACGUGUCCAAAAACUCCAUGCAAAGCCAUACUUCCGAACACCUUCAGUCUUUGGUGGAUUGCAAACCCAUAAUGCACAACAGUGCCACGGCAGACCAGUUGCAGGCAGCGGCGGCCGCCGGAUUGCACGCGCAGCACGGCAGUGUCACCGGGUCGGCCGGAGGAUCACACGGCCAUAAUGAGUUCAAGUACUCGGCAUCGCCUUUCCAAAUAAGGCAGAGAACUGCAUUUGCUCCACCGCCCACAAGCAACUUCUUCGGACACCCUUUCGAUGACUCAUUCUUCCGAGCAGACUCGCUGACUUCGAACCACAUGAACCACAUGGCUCCCAAACCGAUGGACUACAAACCACACGAGUACUUCUCAACCAUGAUGGCCGAUAUGCAGAACAACGCUGCCAGAUGCUCACAACUGGAUCUGCUAGACCAGAUUGCCCCCUCGGUUCAAUUCGGGGGAGGGGCUGACCAGCAAGUGAACUCAUUUCACCCGGCUACUCACAUAGGGUUUCAUCCCUCGUUCGGUCACGGCAACAUGGCAGCUGCUGCAGGUCUAGCGGGACCCUCUUCAUUUCCUCAAAUUACGCACGUACCUCAAGCCGAAGUUGAGGCGGAUCCGAGAGAACUAGAGGCGUUCGCCGAGAAGUUCAAACAGCGGCGAAUCAAACUCGGGGUGACUCAAGCUGACGUCGGCAAGUCUCUUUCCCACUUGAAGAUACCAGGAGUCGGAAGUCUGAGCCAAAGUACGAUUUGUCGUUUCGAGUCUUUGACUUUGAGUCACAAUAACAUGGUUGCCUUAAAACCAGUUCUGCAAGCUUGGCUCGACGAAGCAGAGGCGGCAGCUAAAGGACGUCUAUCUGAAAAACAGUCCAGUUGUCUGUCGGUUGUUGACAAAAAACGAAAACGCACUUCGAUAGCGGCGCCCGAGAAGCGAUCUCUUGAGGCUUACUUCACCGUGCAGCCCCGACCGAGUGGCGAGAAGAUUUCAGCGAUUGCCGAAAAAUUAGACCUGAAGAAAAAUGUAGUGCGUGUUUGGUUCUGCAACCAGCGACAAAAACAGAAAAGACUCAAGUUCGCAGCCGGGCGAUAAAUUAAAGAAUAGAAAAACUAUUCAAAAUGGCUCCAAAACUUCUAACAGGAAUGAACUUUUAUUUUUGACCUGGUUUUCUUGUAUAUUUGACACUGCUGCAGGCGUGACAGACAAUGUAAAUGUGUAAAUAAGCCGACUUCUAAUUUGUAUUUUUAUAGUAGAAUUAAUCAAUUUUCAUCAA